AUUUCAAGCCCGCAAACCCCCGGAAUAGGUGAAUCCAUGCAAGCAUUGGAGCACAUCGGGGCGAUUUCUUACGCCAGUCACCUCUCCUCUUGAUACCCGGCCUCUUCAUCUUUUCUGUGUUUUUCUCAUCUUGUUUUUCGCAGUCACGGAGUUACCAUGUUUAAGCCAAUCCUCUCACUGCUCUUCCUGCUGCUGGCCGCCACUGUGAGCGCCGUGAGCUCCAGCGGCAACAGGCUACUUGCGGUAUUGGAAGAUGUCGCAGAAAAGGAAAAGUACUCCAAGUUCAUGGGAGAUCUGCAGAGCAGAGGCUUCAGCAUAACAUACAGCACACCCAAAAGUGAUUCUCUCAAGCUUUCCCACUUGGGAGAGCGGGUUUUUGACCAUGUCAUUAUAUUCCCGACCAAGUCAAAGGGUCUUGGCCCCAACUUGACUCCCGCUCUUCUCCUCCAGUUCGUCAAGGAUGAGGGCAACGUUAUGUUGGCUCUUUCUGCCGAAACCGCCGUGCCCAUCUCGAUCGUUUCGCUUCUCCACGAGCUCGAUAUCCAGCUCCCUGCCGAUCGCACCGGUCUUGUGGUCGACCAUUUCCACUAUGACAAGAUCUCUGCCGCUGAGAAGCACGAUGUCAUCCUUGUCAAACCCAGGCCGGUUCGUGACUUCCACAAGGACAUCUUUGGCAGCGAGAAGCAGACCAGCCAGCUGCUUGCGGUUCCGCGAGCCAUUGGCCAGACCCUUGGCCAGAGCCCCCUCCUGAACCCUGUCCUUCGCGCCCCUCUCACCGCCUACAGCUACGAUCCUAAGGAGCAAUCGGAGGUCGUUGAUGACCUUUUUGCUGCCGGCGAGCAGUUGAGCCUCGUCAGCGCUGUGCAGCCGCGUAACUCGGCUCGCGUUACAGUCGUUGGCUCUGCCGAGAUGCUGCAGGACCAGUGGUUUGAUGCCGAAGUCAAGCCGUCCAGCUCAAACAAAAAGGUCUCGACCUACAACCGCGAGUUUGCCAAGAAGUUGAGCGGCUGGACCUUCCAGGAGUACGGUGUCCUGCGCGUCAACUCUGUGGAGCACCACCUGAACGAAGCGGGCGCAAGCAACGUUUCGAACCCGGCUAUCUACCGGGUCAAGAACGAUGUGACCUACACCAUCUCUCUGUCAGAGUACAAGCCCGAAACUCAGUCCUGGGGACCAUUUACCGUUCCGGAUGGCGAUGAGAUUCAGCUGGAGUUUUCCAUGCUGUCGCCCUUCCACCGCUUGGGCCUCAAACCUACGACCUCCACCGAAAGUGAUGCUACCAAGUACAGCGUGUCUUUUACGCUGCCCGACCAGCACGGCAUCUUCAACUUCCGUGUCAACUACAAGAGGCCAUUCCUCACCUACAUCGACAGCAAGGACCAGGUCUCGGUCCGCCACAUGGCCCACGACGAGUGGCCACGCUCGUUUGUCAUCUCAGGCGCAUGGCCCUGGAUCACUGGUAUCGGCGCCACCAUCACUGGAUUUUUGGCCUUUUGCCUGGUUUUCAUGUUCAGCGCACCCACUGGAAAAGCCACCGUUACCAAAAAGACUCAAUAAAUUGGGAAUUUUGGAGAGGCUUUACUACAAGUGCCAGAGAAGCCUGAAGCUUUGGACGUUGAACCUCUUAAAGCGAUCAAGGCUCCAGGGCAGGUCACGUCGUGCCGGUGCUUAGUGGCGUUUGUCUGUCACUAGUAUCCGCUACUGGAGCAUAUUGCAGAAAUUUGGAUGGCUCACUGGAAAGGCUGAGGAAGUUCGAUUGAUGACUGAUGAGCUGAACAGUCUUUAUUUACAUUUUGAGCCAGCUGUAUGUAUAAUUCGGAAAAUGGGUACCAUAGGAAAUAGGCCAUUUGGUCAUGGCCGGUUAUGAGACAAUUAUGCAAGUGUCUCUUAGAUUUUUCACUUUAAACAUUGCAGUUUGAAAGUACUCCGUUGAUGCGAAAUCAAAGAAAACUUUUGCCGUGGUA